CACUGAGCUGUCCCACCCCCGCCCCCAGGACAUCGACAAGCAGUACGUGGGCUUUGCCACCCUGCCCAACCAGGUGCACCGCAAGUCAGUGAAGAAGGGCUUCGACUUCACGCUCAUGGUGGCCGGUGAGUCGGGCCUGGGGAAGUCCACGCUAGUCCACAGCCUCUUCCUGACCGACUUGUACAAGGACCGGAAGCUGCUCAGUGCCGAGGAACGGAUCAGCCAGACGGUGGAGAUUCUGAAGCACACGGUGGACAUCGAGGAGAAGGGGGUCAAGCUGAAGCUCACCAUCGUGGACACGCCAGGAUUCGGGGAUGCGGUCAACAACUCAGAGUGCUGGAAGCCCAUCACCGACUACGUGGACCAGCAGUUCGAGCAGUAUUUCCGGGACGAGAGCGGCCUCAACCGGAAGAACAUCCAGGACAACCGGGUGCACUGCUGCCUCUACUUCAUCUCCCCCUUCGGGCACGGGCUGCGGCCUGUGGACGUGGGCUUCAUGAAGGCGUUGCACGAGAAGGUGAACAUCGUGCCCCUCAUCGCCAAGGCGGACUGUCUCGUCCCCAGCGAGAUCCGGAAGCUGAAGGAGCGGAUCCGGGAGGAGAUUGACAAGUUCGGCAUCCACGUGUACCAGUUCCCCGAGUGUGACUCCGACGAGGACGAGGACUUCAAGCAGCAAGACCGAGAGCUGAAGGAGAGCGCGCCCUUCGCAGUUAUCGGCAGCAACACGGUAGUGGAGGCCAAGGGGCAACGGGUUCGGGGGCGACUGUACCCCUGGGGGAUUGUAGAAGUGGAGAACCAGGCGCACUGCGACUUCGUGAAGCUGCGCAACAUGCUUAUCCGCACGCACAUGCACGACCUCAAGGACGUGACGUGCGACGUGCACUACGAGAACUACCGCGCGCACUGCAUCCAGCAGAUGACCAGCAAACUGACCCAGGACAGCCGCAUGGAGAGCGCCAUCCCCAUCCUGCCACUGCCCACCCCUGAUGCGGAGACGGAGAAACUCAUCAGGAUGAAGGACGAGGAG